ACCCUAUUUAUAUAUAAUUAUAUCCACGACCCUUUCUGUCAUAUAUUAAUUCGGUUCUCAACAAAAAAUAUAUCAUAUAAGUAGUGUUUAAAUCAAACUCUAGUUCUUUGAUUAAUAUUUGAAAAGUUAAUUAAUAUCUAGUUAAAUUAAAAUUAAAUAAAGUUUCGUAUCCCGUAGUUUUUGCAAGAAUAGAAUAGAAAAACUAUGUCAAAGCUGAGUUUGGACGGCUUUUUUUCCUACUGCAAACACAUAGCUGAACAAAUACAGUUGGGCGAGAGAAUGGCUGCGCUGUCGGGCCAGAGCACUCCGAAAUUGACCUCCUCGGUCGGCAACCUUUACUAUGACUCGAUCCUCCCUUACCGCGAGGAUGCCGGGCCGCAGACGCGCGAGUUCCUGGCUCGCGUCGUCGACGUGCUGCUCGACUACGUGCAGAAGGUCAACGAUCGGAACGAGAAGAUUCUUGAGUUCAAGAUGCCAGAGGAAAUGGAGAAGCUGCUAGAUCUGGACCUGCCGGAGAAUCCUCUGCCCUUGAAGCAGCUGUUGGAAGACUGCAAGACCGCUCUUAACCAUCAAGUCAAGACUGGUCACCCCCACUUUUUCAACCAACUCUCUUGCGGGCUGGACAUCAUUUCCCUCGCCGGCGAAUGGCUGACGGCAGCCGCCAACACCAACAUGUUCACGUACGAGAUCGCGCCUGUCUUCAUCUUGAUGGAAAACGUCGUGCUUGAAAAGAUGCGGGACAUGAUCGGGUGGAAGACAGGAGACUCCAUCCUUGCACCAGGCGGUUCGGUGUCGAACCUGUACGCGUUUUUGGCGGCGCGACACCACAAGUUCCCGCAGUACAAGGAGAAGGGGCUCACCAGCAUCCCCGGACAACUCGUCAUGUUCACCUCUGACCAGUGCCAUUACUCUGUCAAAUCCUGCGCAUCUGUAUGCGGUCUAGGCACGGAUUACUGCAUUGCUGUGCCUUCGGACGAGCGUGGGCGCAUGAUCCCAACUGAACUCGAGCGGCUCGUGCGGUACCACAAGGACCGCGGACAUGUGCCGUUCUUUGUAAACGCGACGUCGGGUACCACUGUGCUGGGAGCUUUUGACCCGCUGGAGGAGGUUGCCGACAUCUGCCAGAAGUACGACAUGUGGAUGCAUGUUGAUGCUGCGUGGGGUGGCGGACUGUUGUUCUCCAAAAAGUACCGUCAUCCGAGGCUCACAGGCGUUGAAAGGGCUGACUCCGUGACCUGGAACCCUCAUAAGCUAAUGGGCACGCUGCUGCAGUGCUCCACCGUGCACUUCAAGUACGAGGGCAUCCUGUUGAAUUGCAACGAAAUGGCCGCUGAGUAUCUAUUCAUGACGGACAAAAUUUACGACCCCAAGUACGACACCGGCGACAAGGUGAUUCAAUGUGGCCGCCACAACGACAUCUUCAAGUUGUGGCUGCAGUGGCGUGGCAAGGGAACAACAGGCUUUGAACGCCACAUGGAUCGCCUGAUGGAGCUAACGGAGUACAUGGUGCGGCGCAUCAAAGAGCAAUCAGACAAGUUCCAUCUCAUCCUGGAGCCGGAGAUGGUCAAUGUCUCCUUCUGGUACCUGCCGCGUCAACUGCGCGGUACUCCACAUGACGCGAAUAAGGAACUCAAACUCGGCAAGGUGUGUGCCGUUCUGAAAGGGCGCAUGAUGCAGGCGGGCACGAUCAUGGUGGGCUACCAGCCGGACGACCGGCGUCCCAACUUCUUCCGCAAUAUCAUCUCUUCAGCCGCAGUCACUGAACGAGAUGUGGACUUCUUGCUCGCGGAGUUCGACCGUCUCGGGCACGACAUCGUCGUCAACUAAACUAAAUCGACAAAUCGAUAGACUUGUAGUGGCUGGACGCUGUCAUUAUACAUUAUUAAGUUGAAAAUGAUCAUGAUGACUCAUUCCUAUCAAACAAUGACAAAGGUAUCUAAUGUAGUAAAUAGAAAUGACUAUAAAUAUAAUUUUGACAGGAAAUUAAACGUCCGGUCAGCUAAACGUUUCGAUUAUCACUCUGUCAACGGCUCAAUUAAAUGCCCAAAUAUCAAUAGGGUACGCAAUACAAAGUCUGAUACCUUUUCAGGCAUUGACAUUGUACCACUGAUAAUGUAGUUGGUUAGGACAACAGAAAUCACACAAUCUCACAAUCAAUAGUAAACUGAAUGCCAGCGUUGUUGGGUAAAAUGUAUAUACAAUUGUUCUUCUUAUCGCAUCGAUAGCAUACACUGUAAUGGCAAGCACUAUUGUGGUGUAAGGAAGUGCCAAAAGGCAUUUAAAUUUAUUUAAAAAAUUGCAAAAGAUUACAUUAUGCGUACAUUGUUAUAGUUUCUAGUUUAACUACAUUCAGCCUAACACUGCCGUUGGUUUAACUAGAAACUAUUGAUAAAGUUUUGGCAACGAAAUGUAAGUUGUAGAAGCAAUAACUUUUGCCCAACACGGUUUGUCGGCAGUGUGUAGUAUAAGGCUUGAUAUUGUUGCUUUCAGAUUUCAUAAUAUUUUAACGCGAGAGAGGGGCUAACAAAAAUAUGACAGUUUAUAGUUGAAACGACUACGAGUCGAUAUGACAAAAGUAUUCAUAAUUAACGUUUAGUUGAUAAACUAUUCACGUUGUAGAUGUUUGAUUUAUCGAAAAGGACUUUAUUUGGUUAUCGAUUUUAAUUUAAAAAAUUACAAAUUUUCUCUUUUAAUUGAAAAAUAUAAAUUAUUUCUUCCCAUUUAUGUUUUUAUAUAUAGUAUAUUUUUAAUUCAAAUGUUAUUAUUACCGUUGUCUAUUUU